UUCAGCGUUGGACGCCCGGAAGCCACGAAACGUCCCGACAUUUUACUUUCUGGGCAGGCGAUCCUAGAGCAUCACUGCGACUUUGUGAACGAGGACGGCUGUGUAAGCCUCGAUCCAAAAAAGGAUGCACAGUGCUUCGUGAAUGGACGUCCAAUCAAAAGUCUCACUAUACUGCACACCGGCUCACGCGUCAUUCUUGGCAACUACCACGUGUUCCGGUACAACGAUCCGCAGGAGGCUAGGCAAAGUCGGCACAAUUUAUCGUCUCUGAGCGGUAUGUGUUUAUGA